AUGUACCGAAACAAAGUAGCGACCUGGUAUGGCGGGGACGACAGAACCCAAAAGAUCUGGGAGGAAUCUACCCAAAUCGUUGAAAGAUUCAUGGAGACGAUUGACGCAAGCGAAGCGAUAGAUGACGAAAUCGAGAAUGGCGAGCACAAGGAGGGUUGGACGGCAGCCGACGCCCUCACGAAUGUCGAAGUGACCGCGACAAAGAUUGAAGUGUCGAAGGAAACAGGUGAGGUGCAUGUGCAUAAUGCAGAGGUGCAUGGCAAUGGAUGGACAGCCAUCUUCGAGGACGACCCCUUGGUGUUGCCGGUGGAAUGA